GGGGAAAAAAAACAAAACGACCGGCCGGAGCGAGCCGGCUCGUGCUUUAGUGCGGGGUUUGCCUUGACUAUUUUUCUUCUCGUUUUAACCCUGUGAUAAGUAAAGGAGAUGAGGGGACUCCUGUCGUUUUACCGGGGCCUGCACACCCUGAGUAACCGUCAAGCCAGACGAAAAGCUGGGAUUGUCGGUUCUCGGUGCGGGUUUUGCGGAACUCAGUCUAAUAGCAAGCCACAGCCGAGCUUUGGGCUGCUGUUGGACAUUGAUGGCGUGCUUGUCCGGGGAAGGAUGCCAAUCCCUGCUGCAAAGAAGGCGUUUGAGAAGUUGGUCGACUCUCAGGGACAAUUUGUGGUUCCAGUGGUUUUUGUCACAAAUGCAGGGAAUUGCCUCCGACAAACAAAAGCAGACCAGCUCUCUCACAUCCUGGGAGUACCUAUUACACAAGAUCAAGUCAUCAUGUCCCAUAGUCCCCUGAGGAUGUUUAAGAAGUUUCAUGACAAAUGUGUGCUGGUGUCAGGACAGGGACCAGUCCUGGAGAUUGCUAAAAAUGUGGGCUUUACGAAUGUUGUCAGCAUUGAUAUGCUGAGGGAAUCAUUCCCAUUGCUGGACAUGGUGGAUCACAACAGGAGACCCAAACUACCGUCCAACCCUCUUGGCAAGCUUCCUAAGGUUGAAGCUGUGAUUCUGUUCGGGGAGCCAAUUCGAUGGGAGACCAACCUGCAGCUAAUAACUGACGUUUUGUUGACCAACGGUAACCUCAGCAGUGCUCACCAAACCCAAAACACACCUCACCUCCCCCUGCUGGCCUGCAACAUGGACCUCAUGUGGAUGGCUGAGGCACAUUCCCCGCGGUUUGGGCACGGGACAUUUCUUGUGUGCCUAGAGAACAUCUAUAAGAAGAUAACCGGCAAAGAUCUGAAAUAUGAUGCUCUCAUGGGAAAACCCAGUGAGCUGACCUACCAUUUUGCGGAGUACCUUAUCAGAAGCCAGGCCACGGAAAGGCAAUGGAAUCUUCCCAUCACUUCCCUUUAUGCUAUAGGGGAUAACCUUAUGACGGACAUCUACGGUGCCAAUCUAUACAACUGUUACCUGAAGGAGAGAGUUGCGAGAAAGAACCCCAAAGCUGUUGCUAAGAUGGUGGCCGCCACGGGGUCCACCACUGCGUUGCCCCAGGAGGACGAGAUCGACAACCUGUGGGAGAGCGAGCUGGCGCUGCCCUCUGCCACUUCCUGUAAGUCCGUCCUAGUCUGCACAGGUGUCUACAACCCUAAUGCAGAGGUGCCAUCUGAUGCAAAUCACUGCAUCAAAGAGACUGUGUUCCACGGGCACCGGGACUUCAGAUUCGACCCUGCGCUAGUGGAGCCGGGCCACAUUGUACAGGAUGUGGCAGAAGCUGUUGACCUCAUCUUUGAGCAGGAGAAGUUUAUGCCCUAGUAGAGCUUUGAGCCAACAGGUUUUGUGUGACCACGGAGGACGUAGUUGUUGGGUGGGGGUAGGGUUUGGGGAGCAUUUAACUGGGUAUACCACUUAAUGUAUAAACCUGUAUGAGCCUAACACUGUGGACAUUGUUUAACCACCUGACAGGGCAUUGACAAAGUAAGGGUCAUCUUCUAAACUUUUAACGUUGAGACAAACUUUAGAGAAAAAAAAAUCUAUUUUUUGUUGUUGUUGUUUUUGUGGUAGUCUUUAAUUACCUGUUCUUGAACUGCCUUAUUUGACCCUACUAAGUAUUUUUUUAGAUGACAGUAAUGUUUUAGAUAAUUACAAAUCCUGAAACCAUCCUAUAUUUAUUACAAGAAUUUAUCAGUGUUUCUAAGAAGCCUAUCCAUAUAACAUUUGACCUUUAUUCUCAAGAUGACUUUUUAUUAUUUGCAUUUUUAGCCAUUUGUUUACCAAUUUAUCUUGGACAAUCUAUGCAUGAAUAUGUGAGUAAUGCUUGUGCUGUAAAAACAACUGUUUGAUGUGCAAUAUUGUCCUGUAAUAGUAUUGUCCGUCUGCAUUUUUGGCUAGUUGUGAGAGCCUUGACCAUUAUUUGCACAGAUCAUCUUUGUUAAAUAUUACCAUAUCUUCACGCCAUAAUCUGUUUGCUAUGAUGUACAAAUUCAUUUUUAUGCUUUAAAUUUUUAAUUCCAGAAGCAAAAGCUAACUAGACAUUAAUUUAGCUGCAAGUACAAUGUCAAUCAAAAGCUUUUACUGCCCCAAAUUUGACCAUUUGUCGUAAUUCACUCAUUGUAAAUAGUAUUGUAACUUAAGACAAUAUAAGGAAUAGUUACACACGUUU